AUGAAGGGGCUGUUUAACAAGAUAGAGAUAAGCUCAUCGUGUUGCCUUGGAAAGAAGGAAAAGAAGGACAUAAACAAACAUAUUGGCCAAGAGUUGCUGAGCAAGGAUGAGUUGUACAUGGUGUACAAAAGUAAGAAGAAGGUGGCCCUUAUAGCUUUAGGCAAGCAUACUAUUCUUUUCUGCUUGAACAGGAAGUAUUUCCCAACGAUAAGGUAUCUUGAGGAGAGAGGCACAGAGAGGUUCUGUGAAGUUUUUUUGGAUGAGGGUGCUGUUGGUCCACUGAGCCGAGGUGCUGAUGUCAUGAUUCCUGGAGUGAUGAAAUACAGGGAACUUUUGAAAAGCAGGUUCAAGAAGGGCGACGUGGUGCUGGUAAACAUAAUUGGGAGGUCGAUUGUGGCGGUUGGAGAAGCAAUUAUUGACUUUGAUGAGAUGAAUGAAGAAGGAACGGGGGUUUGCAUUGAGGUGUAUCAUAGGAUAGGAGACGAGUUGUAUGAAGAGAAGUACAUGUGA